AUUUCCAGUGCAUUCUAUGAUAAUGGGAAAUACAAAUAUCUUCACCAGCGAAAGGAAAUAAGUCAUCUCCUUCACCUCGAUACUUGGCACUAACCCUAAGCUCCAUAUUGGGUUCCACAGCUUGCAUAAAUUCCAUGUUUCGAUUUAUUUAUUUUUUCAUGUAAAAAAUCAACUAUUUAGAACUGGAAUUAAUUACAAGAAUAUGUCUUCUACAUUCCCGAUUCAUUUCAACUUCAAGCCUUCCAGUUUUCUGCAACAACAUAGUCAUGUGGUGGUUUUUUCAGUUAAGAAGUCGAUGAACACCGCCUUCAGUGCCACCAGGAACCCACAUGGCCGUUACUGUUAUCGUCGUGAUACAGUCAGAAAUCCCGUGCUAUGCUCUGUCUCGACGAGGGCGUGCAGCGAUGAUGGUGAGGGUGAGGUUUUUGUGACCAAAGAAGAGGCUUCUACUUCUAGCAGAUCAUCUCGCUCUAAUGAUGGUUACGUGGCAUUAUUUGUUCGGAUGCUUGGGUUAGACAAUGAUCCUCGUGACAGAGAACAGGCCGUUGUUGCACUCUGGAAGUAUUCUCUUGGAGGAAAGCAGUAUGUUGAUAACAUCAUGAAAUUUCGUGGCACUAUCAAUCUCACCUUGAAUCUUCUGAAAUCAGAGUCUGAUUCUACAUGUGAAGCAGCUGCUGGUCUGUUGAGGAUGGUAUCCUCAUUUAAUGUAUACAGAGAUACAGUGGGUGAUACUGGUACAAUAGAAGAGAUAACUGGCCUUUUGAGACGAUAUUCCUUGUCUCCUGAUGUGAAGGAGCAGAGUUUAUGCAUAUUGUGGAAUUUGUCUGUGGAUGAGAAGCUCAGAACAAGAAUCGCCAACUCUGAGCUCCUACCUAUACUCAUAAAGUUCUUGGAAGAUGACAAUGUCAAAGUGAGGGAGUCUGCUGGUGGAGUUUUGGCUAAUUUAGCGCUGAGCCAGUCAAAUCACAAGAUAAUGGUUGAAGCAGGUGUUAUUCCAAACCUGGUGAGGCUCACUUUAUGGUAUCUCAAAGCUCAGAAAAUUGUUAUAUUAAUAUCGUUUUGCUUGAGCUUAGGUAUUUUAGCAGCUAUUUGCUAUUGUUACUUGAACAAUGGAACAUUAGAAAUGCAAAAAGAAGUAUCAGAUGCUGUUCAAUACCAGAAAAAAAGUCAACCAUCUGUCUGGUCAACAUUACUGGUCUGGAUGUGUUUUAUUUCUGUUUGGUCAGUGUUAUUGUACAUCAUAAAAGAGAAGUGGCAUGAGGGCGGCGAUUUUUCAAAGGAAAAGCUACCAUUCAUCUUAGACCAUCAGAAUGAUGCAAUACAGAAAAGUCGAGCUAUCGACUAUAAUAUAGUGCUGGGUGGGAGACAACCCACUAAUGCAUACAGAUUGGAUUUCAUCAUUGCUAAUAAAAUGAGUACUGUUAUCAUAUCAACCACUGAGAAUGGUCUAAUAUCAAGCAUUCCGUACAUUGCCAGCGAUGGUGUUUGCCUGAAAAUUGAAGCAGAAGGUGUUUUGUACCCCCUAGUUUAUUUGCUGAAGCAGUCAGAAUCAGCAACCUCUCAGGGCUUGAUUGAAAUGAUUGUGAAUAUUCUAAGUCGGAUUUUAGACCCUAACAAAGAAAUGAAAUCAAAGUUCUAUGAUGGACCGCUAAAUGGUUCAAAGAAGGGAAUGAAUACUACUGCAAUUCCAACAUCUGAUGGCAAUGAGACAAUUGCACAGGAAUCAUCUUCCAGCACUGACGGGAGAGAACUUGUGGAGCCCACUGUUCUUAAUCGCCUCGUGGAUAUCUUGAAGAAAUCAGACCUAGAUUUGCAAAGAAAAGCUGCUUCCAUCCUGGAGUUCAUUGCAGCGAGCGAGCCUUGUGUGGAACAGAUCAUCUCGGCUGACAUAGAAUCUGGUCUAGAAGCUGUUUUUCAACAAAAACCAUUGACAGAAAAAGGAUAUGGUAUUGAUGAUGAGAAGCCAGAACUGCAAUCACUGGAACUUGAAGAAGCCGGCCAAGCAGUAUCUGCAGCAUCGCGGUUACUUGCUAAAUUGCUUGAUUAUGAUCUCUUUCGUCAAUCUAUUAAUUCUCUCCACUUCACCAAAUUGCUUCGUGCCGCCCUCAUGUCCAGCAUUCCUCUUCACAACAAAGACUGGGUCGCUGCUUGCCUAGUGAAAUUAAGCUCUUUAUCAGGUCCCAAUCUCGACCUUGAGAAUCCAGUCAACAUAGAAGUAACUCUGUACGAAACAAUCCCAAGGUUGAUAGAACAGAUUAAGAGCUCGUUUUCUCCUGAGGUUCAAGAAGCCGCUGUUUUAGAACUAAACAGAAUAAUAUCGGAAGGGUUGGUGGAUUCAACCCAAGCUGUUGCAGCCGAGGGGGCAAUAUUUCCACUGGUGAAACUGCUCGAAACUGGGACCGAAAGGGCUGUUGAAGCUAGCUUAACUAUACUGUAUAAUUUGAGCAUGAACAAUGAAAAUCAUGCAGCCAUUAUUGCUGCAGGAGCAGUUCCUGUAUUGAGAAGAAUCGUGCUUUCAGAAAGGUCAAGCUGGAUGCGCGCUCUUCGUUUGCUCAGAACUCUGCCUACAUGAUUGUAUUUCAAGAAUGACGCAAGAAUGUAAGUUAUCUGUUUGCAGCAUUUUUAGUGUAUUAGGCUGAUUGUAUUACAAACUUAAAAUUUUUUAUUUAAUAGAUCCAAUAGAAUAUGUUUUACCAAUUAAUUAA